AUGGUAAUUAAAAACUCAGCCAUCAGACACGAUCGUACUCGUGGUGGACGCAGCAUGUAUCCUGGCUCUCGUUAUCUUCGUCAAUUGGCAGCUCGUGUAAGCAAUCCAAGCCGCAGUAACAGUGUCUCUACAAAUGGAGCUGACGCAUCAGCAUGUCAGGCUCAGAAGCAGAGGCAUCACCAGCAACAACAGAACUCAGCCGGUGCCGGGUUAUCUCCGCUCUCAAACACUGGGUCUGCAGGACUCUACAUCGAGGCAGACUGCGAUGCUAUAACCGAGUACUCUGCUGCUUCUACGCCAGGUGAGGGCACCGUGGUUGGCGUCACGGAGACAGGAGCUCUAUUGAUAGGUCCGAAUGGACUUGAUGCUGGUGGUGGCGUAUUCAUCGACCCUGCCGUGCUCGAGGGAGAUAUCCUGGACUCUGGUCUUGAACCGCCAUCCACGCCUUCUGCACUUGUUUCCUCUCCUUGCGCUGUUCUCACUCGUGCUUGUGGUCCUACGCGAGCCGCUGUUUCCACAGGUAAGCGCCUUCAGCCGACUCCUGCAGUACAAGCCACUGCUAGCGCGUCGCUCAAACGCCUGCGUGCUUCUUCGGGGACUAUGGGGUAUUCAAGUGGCGCGUUCGUCACCAACGGCUCGUCUGCCACUGGGUUGGAUGUCAAUGCAAGCGGGCUGCUUGGGCACCGCAUCUUCACUGCAUCGUCAGCUUCUGUGAUUUCAACGCCUGUUGCUAUAACUGCGUUAGCCUCUGGUGGAAGAGCUUCGUCCACGGACGUGCUUCAUUCAAGCCAAGUUCAAGCCACUUCAUUAAUGACAGCAGAAUGGGGUGAAUCUAAUCCUCUAUCCUUAGUCCCUGGAAAUGGCAUAUCUGGCAUCUCAAAUACUCAGUCUUUUACUGGUCAAGGAGACACUACCUAUUCCGAUGCCACUGAAGUCGGAAUUUCAAGUCCGCCUAGAUCAGUCUCAGUUUCACCCUCCAGUGGAUAUCGGUCUCGAAAGACAGAACUGCCUAAGGUAAGUGUUUUAUUUUUUUGA